AUGGCAGAAGAACAAAGAAGACAGAUAGAGCAGUUGAUGGGGAAAGAAAAUGGAUCACUGAUACGGCGAAGAGAUCCAGAAAUGACUUCACCUCGUGUUUGUCGGGCGUUUUUAGUGGGCACCUGUCCUCACGAUUUAUUUGUUGGAACAAAGCAAGAUCUAGGAAGAUGUCCUAAUCUACAUUUACAGAAACAUAAGCUAGAGUACGAACACCGAACGAAAAAACUAGGGGAAAAGUUUUCUGACAUUGAGUAUGACUAUUACAAAUUAUUGUCUAAAUAUGUUUCCGAUUUGGACCGAAAUAUACACAAUGCCCAAUUGCGUUUGCAGCACACACCAGAGGAAAAAGCAAAAAUUGCCCGAGUUACAAAAGAAUUGGAUGAUCUAGAUGUCGAGAUUGGUUUAAUGGUUCAAGAGCUAAAUUAUUUGGUGGCCAAAAAUCAAGCAAGCAAAAUUAUCGAUUACGCCAUUGAAUUGAAUGCCAAAUGUGAAGAAAGGGAAAAGCUUAGUCAACAAGCUCGACGAAUAACUGAAAACGUCGGGCAGACAUCACAACAGAAACUUCAAGUCUGUGAUGGGUGUGGUGCUUACUUGUCAAGAUUGGACAACGAUAGAAGAUUGGCAGAUCAUUUUGUUGGAAAAAUCCACAUGGGGUAUUUGGAAAUACGAGAAAAUUUCAAGGAGAUACAAAAUAAAUAUAAGAAAAUGGGAAAGAACCUAUAA